GACCCCCUCCAAAACGAAAGAAUACUUCUGAACAAAAAAAAGAAAGUAGUUCAAAAGAAAGGCAAAUGUCCAGCAACCCAAACCAAGGCGAUGGUGCCGCAGGCUCCGACUACCUCGACAAAGCCUUCAACACCGUCGCCAGUAAAUUUGGCGGCGCCGAGGGCAAGAAGAUUGCAGCGAAUAAGGGGUUGAGUGAGAAGAUUACCGACGCAAUGCGCAAAGCGUACGAAAAAGCGACGGGGAAGAAGGUUGAUCCCAAGAUUUCGAAUUGA